UCAUCUUCGCUUCCUUUUCUCAGACUUUGAAGCUGCUCCCCACGCCCAGAGCCUCGCUCCUGCUUCCGACAAACAGCAGAUUUGUGACCCGUCGGUUGAUCGUCGCUCUUCUGUACCACCCAGCCAGAGUGGUUUUUCUGUUUAUUGAAACUGCAUCGAGGAAACGUUAUCUCCCCCUCCUGCUUGGUGGACGCCAAGAUGCAGAGCAUCAAGUGUGUGGUGGUGGGCGACGGGGCGGUGGGCAAGACCUGCCUCCUGAUCUCCUACACCACCAACGCCUUUCCGACUGAGCACAUCCCCACCGUCUUCGACAACUACAGCGCCCAGAACACGGUGGAUGGCAGGACUGUGAAUCUGAAUUUAUGGGACACUGCGGGGCAGGAGGAGUAUGACCGCCUGCGGACGCUCUCAUACCCCCAGACCAACGUCUUCAUCAUCUGCUUCUCCAUCACCAGCCCAUGCUCUUAUGAGAAUGUGAAACACAAGUGGUACCCAGAAAUCUGCCACCACUGCCCGGAUGUGCCCAUCCUCUUGGUGGGCACCAAGAAGGACCUAAGAAACAACCCAGAGGCCCUGAAGAAGCUCAAGGAGCAGAACCAGCAGCCUGUGACAACCCAGCAAGGCGUUGCCCUCUCCAAACAGAUCCACGCGGUCAAAUACAUGGAGUGCUCGGCCCUAAACCAGGAGGGGAUCAAGGACGUCUUCACAGAGGCCGUCCGAGCUGUCCUCAACCCGGCCCCGGCCAAACCCAAAAAGCCCUGCUUCCUGCUGUGAAUGGAGGCCCCCCACUUUCCACUGUCCAAUGGGGAGCCCUUGGAUGGGUCAGCUGCAGAAGGCCUCCGGAGAGAGUGGGAGACCUGUCUGCUCCAUCCUCUGGCCCUGAUCCCCCCCCCUGCUGUAUUUUUCCUGCCUAGGCUUUGCUGUCCUCCUUCUGAGGAAGAGCCACUUCCUUGGGAUCACCCAGCAAAGGUGGCGAGGAAGGAAAGUCCCCUUUGGGCAUGAACAGAAGCCCCCCCCUGCUCUGAGAGAGCCCGUCUUUGCUCAGGCAAAGCCUUUCCGUGGGCUUCUCCCAACCUCAUCAUGUCCGGCCGGUCCCUCAAGACAGAAGGGCUCUGAGGAGGGGCAAGGGGAAAGGGACACCUGGAGGGAGUGAGGAAAAGAGGACCCAAGCCAUGCAUCUCUUCCCAAGCACAUGGCCUGUUCUGUCCUUCCAGGGGUUUCUCCAGCCCCAGGAGGCACCAGCUGUUUCCAACCCCCGGGGCUGGUGUUGACCCUCAGGGCAGAUGCUCUGCUUCCUCCCUUUUCCAGAGGACGUUCUCUCCCUGAGAACAAGGAGCCACUUCCCCGGCUAUGGCCACCUCGACUGCCAGCACCCUUCCCUGCACUUGCAUGAGGUGUGUGUGCAUGGAGGGGGAAAUCUUCCAAGACUGGUAGAAACGGACUCCCAAAGGUCCAGCCUUUUGUCGAGGAUGUUUGGGGUUCCGUGUGUGCUUCAUAGUUGAAGGAGAGUGGGAGGAAACCAUCUCUGUUCUGUGGACUUUGCUUCCUUUUCCCUCAUCCACUGAAAUUUCAAUGCCAGCCUCCUUCGGUUUCUGAGGGUCGAACCAGAUGAAGGAGCACCUUAUUCAAAGGAGACCUCCUUUAAGCAGCAAAAGACACCUGUUCCAGCGUGAGCUUCCCUCAUCUCUCCAUGCUGCAGAUCAGAGUCUUUUUCUGUUUUGUGAGGGAAACGGGAACAACCUUUGCAAACCUGAUUGCUUAGGCGUGGAGCUUUGAAGGAAGUACAUCUUUGGAGGGACAAGGCGUUCUCGGGUUCUCAUGGCCCAGUCUAGUUGGUGCCUGAGACCGGACUGAGCGCUGCGACUCCUUUGCGAGCCUUCGCUUCAAAGCCCUAGGGCCGAGGAAGCUGCCUGAAGGUGCGAAGGCCCAGAUUCUCAGGUCUUGAGCACUUGGGCAGGUAUCAAACCCUCUGCUUCAGACAACCGCGUCUCAGGGCAUCCCCCCGACCUCUCUUUCCCCUGGUUCUGGGUCUGUAACUCAUGCUGUGCGGAAGCCUUGUCGGCAUCAUAAGAAUAAAGAUUCAGUCCGACCCCCA